AGGCGGAUGGUAAAUUCCUUGCCGCUGCUGUUCACGGAGACGGCGCAGGGCAGUGGAGAGAUCAUGAGUUCUGGGGUCAGACCCGGAUUUCAAUCCCAGUUUGGGCGUUUUCUUGUUACAAGACCUUGCGCAAGUCACAUUCCCUCUCCGCUUCAUCCUGCGUUUCCUCAUUUGUGAAAUGGGCAUAAAGAAGCCUCGUAACUUUAUCGUGGAGGGAACUAAGUGCGAUACUACCGGCAAAGCCCCUGUCACAUGGCAGACACUCGUUAAAAGUGAGGGCCUCUCCCCUUGGCGAACGAGAAGAGGAGGGAGACGAUGAAAGGUAGUUUGCCCUUGACGGACAAGGAGAAACUGUGUCUUCAAUGGCUUCGCUGGUGGCUUAUGAUGACUCGGACUCAGAGGCUGAGACUGAGCCUGCGGGCAGUUUUAAUCCUGCCGGCCAGAUGAAAGACGCUUCCGAUGCCGUGAGACCUCCUGGGCGGGAUUUUGCCUCGGAAGUCCUGGAUGCGAAGGACGGGGGAGCACUGCCCGCGAAACAUGGCUCUUGUGAAGACGCAGCCGGCUGUCGUCUCCCUCUGGCUCGGCUCUGGAGCAGUGACUCAGGAUCUUGCCCCAACCAGAGGCUGCAGUGGCCCAGGACAGAGCCUGAGGUCACCUUCCCCACCAGCCAGCCUGUUCGUCCUUCCCUGUGGACCAGCCAUGCUCCAGCUGGCCACGUGCCCCUGGCAGCUGCCUGCCUGAAGCAGGUGAAACUCUCCUGGGGAACUUCUGGCUCCCCUGAGCCAUCUUUCUGUGCCCGAACUGGAUCUGAAGCCCCAGGUGAGAACGGCAGCUCUCUUCCGAGGCAGCGGUGUGCGCACGGUGUUGUGCCCUAUACCCCGAAAAGACUAAGACGGUGGCAGGCGUUAAGCACGGAAACGGGCAAGAGUAAAGACAUGGAGCCCCCGGGUCCCUGUGCCCGGCGCGCCCCAGCCCCUCUCUGUGUGGCGCCCGAAGUGUCCGAGUUUAUUCAGCCGUACUUGGACAGUCAGUACCAGGAAACCGAGAUCCCCAGGAAGGUACUCUUCCGUAUGAGAGGCCACCGGGGCCCCGUCAACAACGUUCAGUGGUGUCCAGUCUCUUCCAGGAGCCAUGUGCUUCUCUCAACGUCUAUGGAUAAAACCUUCAAGGUGUGGAACGCCGUGGACUCGGGAAGCUGCUUGCAGACCUACUGCCUGCACAGUGAGGCGGUGCGGGCCGCCCUGUGGUCCCCCUGUGGCCAGCGCGUCCUCAGUGGUGGCUUCGACUUCGCCCUGCACCUAACAGACCUCGAAACAGGAACCCAGCUAUUCAGUGGUCAAAGUGACUUUAGAAUCACUACCUUGAAAUUUCAUCCAAGAGACCACAACGUUUUCGUAUGUGGCGGCUUCAGCUCUGAAAUGAAAGCUUGGGACAUAAGGACCAGCAAGGCUUUCCUGGGUCAGUGUGUUUCCCGAGUGCGUGUGGGGAUCCAGGUGCCGCCACUGGAGAGGGGCUCAGGUGCCCAUGGAUGUCACAGUCCUGCCCAUCGGCAGCCAUUCCCUAUGGGCUCUUGGGGCUGUGUCCCCACCGCCCGGGAGGAGACGCUCCUCAGUGCACAGGCCACAUCUACGGACGUGGUGAGAAGCUACAAGGCCACCAUCCAGCAGACCUUGGACAUCCUCUUCCUCCGGGAAGGCUCUGAGUUUCUGAGCAGCACAGAUGCUUCGAGCCGGGACUCUGCCGACCGCACCAUUAUUGCCUGGGAUUUCCGGAGCUCCGCCAAAAUCUCCAACCAGAUUUUCCACGAGAGGUACACCUGCCCCAGCCUCACCUUGCACCCGAGGGAGCCUGUGUUCCUGGCGCAGACCAACGGCAACUACCUGGCCCUCUUCUCCGCCGUGUGGCCCUACCGGAUGAGCAGAAGACGGCGCUACGAAGGGCACAAGGUGGAAGGCUACUCGGUGGGCUGCGAGUGCUCUCCAGACGGUGACCUGCUGCUGACGGGCAGUGCCGACGGCCGGGUCCUGGUGUACAGCUUCCGCACCGCCAGCCGCGCCCGCACGCUGCACGGGCACACGCAGGCCUGUGUGGGCACCACCUUCCACCCCGUGCUGCCCUCCGUCCUCGCCACCUGCUCCUGGGAGGGCGACGUUAAGAUCUGGCACUGAGCCUCCCAGCGCGGAACCUUCCAGACACCGGCCGGGGUGGGUGGUCGGUGUGUGUGAUGACGAGGACCUGAGGUUGGCUUCGGGGUCGGGCUCGGGUGGACGCCGCCUUCUCUGCCCUCUGAGCCUCAGUGUCCUCAUCUGUAAAAUGGGGACAAAAUCCCUGUGUCUCGGGGUUCCGAGGGCUACAUUAGCAAAAGCACCUGGCACGCUGCUGGUGAUGCUCAAUAAACGUGAGUGUU